GUCAGAGGUCGUGUUUUCGCCAGUCGUCAUUUUGCUGUGCUGAGAGAGUCGAGAAGACACCAGAGGACGUUUUCUACGUGACGUUCUGACGUCGUCUGCGUGGGUUUACGUGCACGUUACGUGAUCACCUGGAUGUACCUGACGCAGAACUGACAGACGAGAAGGUUGUUGUUCGGCCAUGGAUCGGAGAGACUGCCCCGUGUUGACCGGAAUGGGCGGGAGCGCGCCCAGGACUUGUUCGCUGGUAAACCCAGCCCUGACCGCCCGCCCGAGAAACUUGGGCGCCGCGGCCCCGUCUGGUAGCGUCAAAAUAACCCAUCCUGGCAAGGCUAUCAUAGCGGGUGGGCUGGCAGGUGGGAUAGAGAUAUGCAUCACGUUCCCGACGGAGUAUGUGAAAACUCAGCUUCAGCUGGAUGAGAAGGCAAACCCUCCCAAGUACCGCGGGCCGAUCCACUGCGUGCAGACCACGGUACGGGACCAUGGCGUCCGCGGGCUGUACCGCGGGCUUAGCUCGCUCGUCUACGGGUCCAUACCAAAGGCAGCCGUCAGGUUUGGUGCUUUUGAGUUCUUCAGCAACAUGAUGCGGAACGAGAGAGGUCAACUGUCAAAGGGCAACAGCUUUUUAUGCGGGCUGAUGGCGGGCGCGUCCGAGGCCGUGUUCGUCGUCACGCCCAUGGAGACGGUCAAGGUCAAGUUCAUCCACGACCAGACGUCGCCCAACCCCAAGUACAGGGGCUUCUUCCACGGGGUCAGGGAGAUCGUCAGGGAACAGGGAAUCGGUGGAACCUACAAGGGUCUGUUCCCCACGAUACUGAAGCAGGGGUCCAACCAGGCGAUCCGGUUCCUGGUGAUGAACUCGCUGAAGGACUGGUACCGUGGCGACGACCUCAGUCGGAACAUUAACCCCUUCAUCACCGCGGCCUUCGGAGCGACCGCCGGCGCCGCCAGCGUCUUCGGGAACACGCCCAUCGACGUCGUCAAAACCAGGAUGCAGGGUCUAGAAGCACACAAGUACAAGAGUGCGUGGGACUGUGCAGUCAAGAUCGCCAAAUAUGAGGGACCUCGAGCUUUUUACAAGGGCACGCUCCCGCGGUUGAGUCGCGUGUGUUUGGACGUCGCGUUGGUCUUCGUUAUUUACGAGGAGGUGGUGAAGAUGCUAAACGUGGUUUGGAAGACGGAGUAACGCCGCGACGGGGGCGUUUUCGUGCUUCCCGCGACAACAACUUUCAUCUGUUAUGCUGUGUGGUCUUUCAUGCACUUCCAGUAACCUCUAUUAACAUUUAUCCACCAGAUAGUAUAAUUAUAUAUUAGAAGAAAAACUUUAUUGCACGACAAUUGC